UACAAUCGGCAUCACUGCCUUUUUUUUAGUAACAUUUUGGUUCUCACUGUUACCACAUCUGUUCGUAAAAAAAAUUCUCUUCCGUUCUCGCAGAGAAGCUACGACAUGGGUAAACCCAGAGGAAUUCGGACUGCACGAAAACAUGUGAACCAUCGCCGUGAUCAGCGAUGGGCGGAUAAUGACUACAAAAAGGCUCACUUGGGAACGCGGUGGAAGGCGAAUCCUUUUGGUGGUGCUUCUCACGCGAAAGGAAUCGUGUUAGAAAAAGUCGGGGUUGAAGCCAAACAACCUAACUCUGCCAUCCGCAAAUGUGUAAGAGUACAAUUGAUUAAAAAUGGAAAAAAAAUUACUGCGUUCGUACCUCGUGAUGGUUGUUUAAACCAUAUCGAAGAAAACGACGAAGUUUUAGUUGCAGGAUUCGGUCGUAAGGGUCAUGCCGUAGGUGAUAUUCCUGGAGUUAGAUUUAAGGUUGUUAAAGUUGCUAAUGUUUCCCUCCUAGCAUUGUAUAAAGAAAAGAAGGAACGACCUAGGUCAUAAUUUAAAAUUAUGAAAUAAAUACACUUUUAUAAACUAUAAA